AUGUUAGUGAUGAUGAUGAUGAUGAUGAUGAUGAUGAUGAUGAUGAUGAUGAUGAUGAUGAUGAUGAUGAUGAUGAUGAUGAUGAUGAUGAUGAUGAUGAUGAUGAUGAUGAUGAUGAUGAUGAUGAUGAUGAUGAUGAUGAUGAUGAUGAUGAUGAUGAUGAUGAUGAUGAUGAUGAUGAUGAUGAUAAGACGACGACGACGAUAUUGA